AUGAUACCCCGAUCGACCCUCUCGAGGCAGCUGCCUCGACCAGUUAAUUUUACUUCCAAACGUCGUUUUCUCUCAGCGAGCACGGUGCACAAUGCCCAAGCCCCGACUCCCGAGAACCCAUCCGCUCGUCCGCACGCAAUCGACCCCCGAUGGCUCACAAUGAUGAAAAGGCGAAUCGGCAGAUGCAUGAUGUUCGGCCUAAAGCCAGUCCAGAUUAAUGAAGGUGGCCAGAUUCUUCAGCAAUUGGCGAGAGACUGGCGUGAAUUGCUCGCAGGGAGCGAGGGGUUCUUGACCGAUGAGAAGCGUCGAAGCCUGUUUCGGCAUAAUGUUGUGUGGGGUGAACAGGAUGUCAUGGUAAGCUUAUGCUCUUUGCCCAUCGCAUUCUAUGCGCCUCGGUUGGCGUCGGCUUUGAAUCAUACUAACAUAUUCCUAGGGACUCUGGCAGGACAUGUCAACAACGUCACAUAUGUCAGAUACGCCGAGACCGCUCGAGUAAAUUGGACACGCAACAUCGGCAUUCACAUCGAUCCUGAGCACAGGAAGGAAUGGCUAAACAUGGUCAACUCCACAGGGAUUGGGCUAAUACUGCGAAGUAUCAAGAUUGACUAUAAGUUUCCCAUGAAGUCUCCUGAUAAGAUCACGGUUUACCAAAAGCUUGUACAUGACCCUGCUUCGCCGCUUUCGCCGCAAUCUGGAUUUGAGCUGCAUGUUAUGAUCUUAUCUGAAGCACGCCAACGGCCCGCAGCUCGUUGCCAUGAGGAAAGCGUCAUAUAUGACUAUCAAAAGAACCGGAAGACUCCUCAACUUCCGCCAUUUAUUUUCAAACAAUUCAAAACGAUCUGGGAGCUGCAAGAGAAAUCAAAAUUGGAAUGGCAGCAGCGGAUUUUGGAUAUUGAAAGUCGAGUCCGGACUCUUGAAGUUGAGAGCUGGGACCGAGCUGAUGCAGUAGAGGACACCGGUUCUGCAAAACAAUAG